ACAAUCCUUCCCUUCUGUGAAUUACAUCACGUGGGAGGCGUGUAAACCUUUGAUCUUGAGUUGUGUUCUAUCGAAGAGCGUCUGGAGCACUUUGAACGAUUAUCGAAGCAGUUCCAUGGACGAUCUGUUGCUGAAAGAAAGGAACUACAACGAUGCGUACUACUAUCCGUGUCCCGUGCUCGAUCCGAACAAGAAACAACCGCUGCAACAACAACAGCAACAGCAGCAACAGCAACAGCAUCAACUACAGCCACAACAGCUCUUCACCUGUGCGCUUUGCGGCAGAGAGUACACCUGGAUGUACAGUUUACGUCGACAUCAGCUGCAAUGUGGCAACAAGGAAGCGAGAAACAAGUGUCAUUUUUGCUCGAGAAAGUUUUACAGGCGCGACAGACUGAAAGAACAUUUGCUGGCUCAUCAUUCAGACUUGAUUUAGAAAAGUUUACCUGUACAGAUGCUCUCUCUCUCAGUUCGAAGUAACUCUUAAGUUUGUAUUUAAGUUUACUUUUCUUUCCAUUUUCAUUGUACAUCGUCCCCGUAUAUCGCUCGUACAGCGAUGUAUUUGCUGUAUUUUGCGUGAAAUCCAUCGAUUCAAUAAAAUUAUUCAUACUUGAAUUGCUUGUAAAUUAUGUGCGUAUAAAUAUCAGCAAAUAUAGAUGUGUCCAAUUUC